AUGGCUUCUCCUUUUUUCUUCCUGUUCUUCUUGUUGAUCUCCGUCUCUUGUUUCUCUGUCUUUCCUUCUUCCUUGGCCGCUGACAGCGCCGCCGCCGGUGCUGCCAUUCCAUCGGGCACCAUUUUGAGGAAGAUCAAGCAGCAAAUCCUCGCCACCCUGCCUCCUAACUGCCCUCCCAACUCGGCCGUCCCUUUCCUCGCUUCCCCCUCCGGCAAGUUCAUCGCCUCCCUCGUCCGCCUCGGCACGGCGCCGGGCGCCGGCGGCCUCGGCAACGACUUCUGCUUCAUCCAGGUUCAUGACUCUGCCACCGGCGCCGCCGCGUGGGAGUCGUCCUGCCAGCCCGUGAGCAGCGCCAACGCCUGCUCUCUCGUGCUCUGCGACCUCGGCAUCGCCGUCUUCGACGGCAGCCGCGACGCGUGGGACACCGGCGCCGACAGCAGCAACAACUUCCCGGCGAGCCUCGAGCUCGUCGACCUCGGCGACAUGCGCGUCAUCGACAAGGACGGGGAGCUGGUCUGGAAAGCCAGCGACGAGCCACGGGUGAACCAGCGCUGCGGCUUGCCCGGCUCGCCGGGGCUCUCCACCGGCGAACCGCCCUUCGUGGGGCCAAUCGGCGGCAGAAGCAAUCCCCCCUUCGGCCAGACACAGCCAAUCGGCAACAAUGUCAUCAAUAGCGGCAGCGACAACCAGCUUCCAAUCACACCGAAUCCCAACCCCGAUACGACAAUUCCCUUGUCGCCGGAGCCGGAGCCGUUAGCCGGAGACGAGGGCCUUGCACCGGCGAAAGUUGGAUUUGGGCAGGAGUUGAAGGGGUUGGGAAUCGGUGCAGAGCAUCAACAGCCGUUGGUGGACAACAGUCCGUACGACAGUGGGAGUUCAAGGAAGGAGGCUUUGCUUGGUUUGCUCUUCGUGGCUUUAGUCCUUCAUUUGGCUCUUUGA